AUGUCCCCCGUGCAUGCACAGAACCUGGUGAGCGUGACGGUGGUGCUGGUGCUCGUGUAUAUGGGCGUCAUCGCCACGGAGCCCCUCACGCUGCGACUCAUGACCGUGUGGUUACCAGUCAACCUCAUCUUCGUUGGCAUGCUCGUCACCUCCUUCUUCAGUCUACAGUACAUGCAGGUGGCGAUGGUGACGAUAUUAAAGAACGUGACGAACCUGAUAACGGCGGUGGGCGAGAUGUACCUCUUCCGCAAGCGCCACUCCUCCAAAGUCUGGGGCUCUCUCUUCCUCAUGAUCCUAUCGGCCUUCUGUGGCGGCUUCACGGACCUGGCCUUCCAUCCAGUGGGCUACACGUGGCAGAUCUUCAACUGCUUCUUCACCGCCGCGUACUCGCUAACCCUGCGCAAGGUGAUGGACAGUGCGAAAGCUGCGACCAAGAGCGGGCAGCUGUCGGAGUUCACGAUGGUGCUGCUCAACAACGCGCUCUCCUUCCCUCCCGCCAUCCUCCUCAUCAUCGCCUUCAGCGAAACCAAAUACCUCCUGCACUCUCCGCUGAUGCUGAAUGGGGGCUUCUGGGUGGCGGUGACGCUGAGCGGGCUGCUGGGGCUCGCCAUCUCCUUCACGUCCAUGUGGUUCCUGCACCAGACCUCGCCCACCACCUACAGCCUGGUGGGGUCGCUGAACAAGAUCCCGCUCUCGCUCUUCGGCAUCAUUCUCUUCAAUGCGCCCACCAACGCUGCCAACAUCUCCUCCAUCCUCUUCGUGCGUCCACACCCCCCCUUCUUCGGUGCGUGCCGCACUUGGCCUGCACCCUAUUUGCUAUCUCCACUGAGCCACUCCCCCUCACGGAGUAAAAAGGCUGGACUACUAGCCACUUCCCGCACGGAGUAA